AUGUUCGACGAGGAUGUCACCGUGCAGGACCUCGCACGAGACAUAGUCACUGCGCGCAAGGAGGUCAGUUCAACUGAGGAGGAGGACGACUUCGAAGAGAGCUUCAAGACUGCCACAGACAAGUUGAACGAAGGCUCUGCUGACGGCUGCGUGCGUGCCCGUACACUACCUCCCACUGUGCGACGUCUCACGGUUAACCACGACGCCGCCCACCACAUUUCGACCAGCUACGCGUGA